GUGAACGCAGUGACGUUGUGAUGACGCGCAUGGAAACGAAAAGUUCCUUAGACACCGCGUUAUCAGAGAAAGGGGGUUGACGUCUCGGAAAUUUUCCGACUGUCCUAAAAAAACAGCACAGAACAUGAGGGAAAUUGUACAUAUACAGUGUGGACAGUGUGGUAACCAGAUCGGCGCCAAGUUCUGGGAAGUGAUAUCAGACGAGCAUGGCAUCGACCCCACAGGCACGUACCACGGCGACUCGGACCUGCAGUUGGAGCGCAUCAAUGUCUACUUCAACGAGGUGACGGGCGGCAAGUACGUGCCCCGGGCUGUGUUGGUGGACCUGGAGCCAGGCACCAUGGACAGUGUCCGGUCAGGACCUUUUGGCCAGGCAUGGGCACACUGGUGAUCAGCAAGGUGCGAGAGGAGUACCCAGACCGGAUCAUGAGCACCUACUCUAUCGUCCCCUCGCCCAAAGUGUCGGAUGUGGUCGUGGAGCCUUACAACGCCACCUUGUCUGUGCAUCAGCACUUCCACGGUCCUCCCCUUCCCCAGUACCGCGCAAUCACGGUACCAGAACUCACACAACAGAUGUUCGACGCCAAGAACAUGAUGGCUGCCUGCGACCCCCGGCACGGCCGAUACCUCACCGUAGCGUGUAUCUUCAGGGGGAGGAUGUCCAUGAAAGAGGUGGAUGAACAGAUGUUGAACGUACAGAACAAGAACUCGUCCUACUUCGUGGAGUGGAUCCCCAGCAACGUGAAGACGGCGGUGUGCGACAUCCCGCCCCGGGGACUCAAGAUGUCCUCCACCUUCAUCGGGAACACCACCAGCAUCCAGGAACUUUUCAAACGGAUCUCAGAGCAGUUCACUGCCAUGUUCCGGCGGAAAGCUUUCUUGCACUGGUACACGGGCGAAGGAAUGGAUGAGAUGGAGUUCACAGAGGCAGAGUCCAACAUGAACGAUCUGGUGUCGGAGUACCAGCAAUACCAGGAUGCAACGGCUGAGGAGGAGGGAGAGAUGGACGAGGAGGAGGAGGAAGAGAAUGCGUAAAGAAUGAGAGGAUGAAAGAUUUAAAAUCAGGCUACGCUGAGGGUUGGUUCGGAAACAUUAAAGAAUUUUAAGCCCCCAUCACUUUCAGAUUUCGAGGAACAUGCGCGGCCCAGAAAUAUCACUUCCGUAAUUCGAAGUACUCAUUGCACGUAGCUUUAAGUACUUAUCGCGAGAAGACUUACACCAGUAGUAUUUCUGAGCAGCGUAGACUAAACAGAUAAUUCUAGUUGAAAUCUGAACAGCAUACACAAAACAUACAGGCAACGGGCAUCUUGCGGUCUCCAUAGCCCUUCACAUCGUUGAACAAAAUCUCCGAUUUCCCAGUGGACUGACGGAGCAGCGUUCAUGGGGCUUAGUCCUUUAUCUAUCCCCCCAACCUGUAGGCUUUGGCUUGGAACUUCCUUGGCUGCGUCAAACGCACCCAUAACGAAUGUUUUACCCCCCUAAUGUUUCCAGAUGCAAAAGUGCAGUUAUUAUUUCGUUGCUUUUUACAUUCACAAAAGAUAAUGGGCUAUACCACAUUUGCAUAACUGCCAUGGUGCUUAAUUGAUCGAACUGUAUCAAUAGCACCGUUGCAAAAAUAUACAUCAGCCGGAUUUAGCAACUGUCGAUAGUGUUUACAGAAUGCACUAGGUACAUUGCAAAAGAAUCAAAUUCAAUAUUUAUUAUUCAGAUAGCGUUUUUACCAUAAAACUGGGCAAAUAUUUCGGAGUGAAUGCAGCUGUUUGAUUUUAACAGAGGGCGUUUCAGAGUAAAAAUGAUUCCAUCAAGGCAAAUUCAACAUCAGAAUCAGAAUCGGAGAGAGAGGUUGGAUAAUAACCUUGGAACGUAAUUUCCCCUUUUGCUCCAUCUAACGCGAAUAAAAGAGUAUGGCUUUAAU